AUGGAAACCCACACAAUCAAGUAUCGCAUCCUCUCUCAACUUGCAAAGAGGAUAUCCUCCCCCUGCCUUUUCAACCUUUUCCAGCCCAAAAAAAUGUUCGCCAAAUUUGCACAAGCCACAAAGCAACAGAAUAACAUUGACAUCGUAAGAUUCGGAACAAUAUCACAAGCCACAAAAAUGCAGCAACAGAGUAACAUUGACAUCGGAAGAUUCGGAACAAUAUCGUUCUCAGCAUCUGAUGACAGUGCUUUGAUGAAGCAAAUCCUGUCGACCCACUCCCCCCAUGGCCUUGAGGUUGAUGUCAAACCUAUUCUCCCUGUCAUCAAGGAUGUCCUGCAUCAAGCAAAUCUGAGCAUGGACAGUGUUAUAACUAGCGGUGCACGCGACCAAGCUGAUGCCUUAGUUAAGGAGAAGACCGCUGUGGCCGGAUUUGAUGGCAAGCUGAAAGAAGAUGCCUCCAUUAUAAACAAAAUUUCAUGCGAGUUAACGUGCAAGUGCUCUGGUGGAGAUGAUGCCCACUCAAUCGCAAUGACCAUAUUCAACAAUCUCUCAAACUACUCCUGGGAUGCAAAAAUGGUGAUCUCCCUGGCAGCCUUUGCUGCUAACUAUGGUGAAUUCUGGCUCAUGGCUCAGCUCAGCACAACCAAUCCCCUCGCCAAGUCGGUCUCCCUCCUCAAGCAAUUGUCAAACAUCAGAGGGCAUGCAAGCUCACUGAAAUCGCGUGUUGACCCCAUUAACAACCUUCUCCACAACGCCAUCUUGAAAGUGAUUGACUUUAUUUUUCAGUUCAAGGAGCUUCCCCCUCAGUACAUAUCGCAUGAGAGACCGCCGGCGCCUUUGGCUACUGCCAUGGCUCAUUUUCCAUCUGCUGCUUACUGGACCAUCCGAAGCAUUGUUGUUUGUUCCACUCAGACUACCAGCCUUUUAGGCAUGAGUAACGAGCAAAGCAAACCUACUGAAGCAUUGGAGUUAUCGAGCUUGGCUGAAAAGCUCGCCAACAUACAUAUUUGCCUUAGUUCACUACUACAAGAUUGCCAAGCGCACAUAGAUGAGAAUAAACGUUACAAGCGCUUUUGUCACCUGUUCGAGAUGGUCCAUAUUGAGGACAACAUGACGAUUCUUAAGGACUUGAUUUCCUUAAAGGAUGAUAAACAGCAAAAGCCACUCCUGGGAGGCUCUACCAAAAAAAGGGUAUUAUUCAUGAUCUCCUCUUCUCUCCACCUUCUUAUUUUUUCAUCAUUAGUUCACCAAAUUAGAAGGUUUUAUUAUGCUUAUAAUGGGUUGGCAUCGAGGAAGUACUCAAGAGAAAGACUGCAGUAUUGCUUAUAUCGGCCGGACCUUGAUCAUAUUGCGGAAGAAGAGCUUUUUGCCCUUAAGAGAACCUACGAUGAGGCAAAGACAAAGUCAGACCUUCAGUAUGAGAUCGUAUGGAUUCCUGUUGUCGACAGGUCAUCUGAUGAAGAAAUGAGUCGAAAGAAGUUUGAGCAGCUGCAGGCAAAGAUGUCGUGGUACACGGUGGCCGACCCUUGGUUGCUCGACCCAGCAUUCAUCAGGUACAUGAAGGAGGAGUGGCAUUUCUCGAAGAAGCUCAUUCUAGUGGCGUUGGAUCCACAGGGUAAGGUGGUCUGCAACAAUGCCCUCCAUAUGUUUAUGGUAUGGGGAAAUAUUGCAUACCCUUUCACUGUUGCCAAGGAAGAAUCACUCUGGAAGGAAGAGACCUGGAAACUUGAGCUACUGGUGGACGGCAACUACCCAGCCAUAUCAGAUUGGAUAUCACAAGGGAAACACAUUUGCUUGUACGGAGGAGCAGACCUUGAAUGGGUCCGGAAUUUUACUGCCGCAGCAAAAGAAUUUGCCAAGACUGCAGGCAUUACCUUGGAAAUGGUUUACGUCGGAAAGAGCAAGGCAAACGAACGAGUAAAAAAGAUCACCUCAACCAUCACAGCAGAAAAGUUCACUCACUGUUUGCCAUACCCGAUAUACAUCUCGUACUUCUGGACCCGAUUAGAGAGCAUGUGGUACUCCAGGACUCAACACGGCAAGACUGCCGAAAACGACAGGAUACUCCAGGAGGUGUCGGCAAUACUGAGCUUUGACGGAAGUGAACAAGGGUGGGCAGUAAUCAGCAAUGGAUCGACCGAGAUGGUGAGGGCCAACGGCGACACAAUUCUGAAAAUCAUUAAAGAGUUUAAGCUUUCGGCGGAGGAAACCAAGCAAAAGGGCUUUGUGCCGAUCCUCAAUGAGAACAUUGAGAAGUCGCGCAAGCUGCACCACUGCAACAAACUCCUCCUUCCAUGGACAAGUACUGGCAUACCGGAGAAGUUGCUGUGUGCAGAUUGUGCACGUCCCAUGGAGAAGUACUUCAUGUAUCGCUGCUGCACCGAUUGAUCGAGAGAUGCAUGCAAAGCCUUCUAGUACUAUAUAUAUCAUAUGCUUGCUUCUACCUGUAAGGAUCAUUGGGAAGUAAUGUUUGCUUUCUUCGGAAGUUUUAGUAAUGUGUACUAGUCUAAAUAACAAUCAGAAUGCUGCUGCUGUAGUAGUUCUGGUUAGGGUUGGCACUAGGGUCGACCUUGUUAAAAAAGUUGGAAGUGUGUUGUAACUUGUAUUCUUGUAAGAUUGUGAUGCUAAUAAUAUGUGAAACCUAUUUAUGACGCA